GUAGAAUGAAGUUUGGUUUUGUCAGUGAAAGAUGCAAUUCUUCAAAAGUGUUGUGCAGAUGUUUUGACUCAUUGUACGGAGGACCCGGAAGUUCAUGAAUAGAUAUAUUACAAAAUUAAUUGUUCAAAUGCGAGAGUUUUCAAAAUGCACCACGACUUUGAUAUUUUUGUGGAUCGGGGCACUAACUGUCUAUACAUGUAUAAGUCUUCGACAAAAUGAAAAAUUUACAUCAAAUUUUCAAACAUUACAAGAAAGCCCUCCUGUGGAACAAAACACUGCCUCUCUGAUAUUCAUAGGAGGAAUGCCGCGCAGUGGGACUACAUUAAUGCGAGUGAUGUUGGAUGCACAUCCAAACGUGCGAUGUGGCGAAGAAACGCGCGUUGUUCCAAGGAUUUUGAGAACGAGAAAGGAAUGGACUCGAAAUCACAAGGAGAAAGCAAGACUGACAGAGGCAGGGAUUAGUGAUAAGGUGUUAGAUCGUGCUGUCCGGGCUUUCAUUAUGAACAUAAUUGAACAUCACGGAGAACCAGCUCCGUAUCUAUGCAACAAGGACCCCUUCACAAUGAAGUACGGUGUAUACCUCAGUCAACUCUUCCCAAAAGCGAAAUUUUUGCUAAUGCUCAGGGACGGACGUGCUGUUGUUCACUCCAUUAUUUCAAGAAAAGUGACGGUCUCAAAUUUUGAUUUAAAAAAUCCAAAGAAAUGUCUGCAAAGAUGGAACGCCAUCAUAGAGGAGAUGUACAACCAAUGUCUGCACAUCGGGCCGACUCGGUGUAUGCCCUUGUAUUAUGAACAGUUAAGUCUUCAUCCCGACCUUUGGAUGCGUCGGGUUCUGACGUUUUUGGAGAUUCCCUGGAGUGAGAAUGUUUUGCAUCACCAGGAUUUCAUAGGAAAGCCCGGGGGUGCUUCCUUAUCACAGUUAGAACGAUCCACAGACCAGGUCAUUAAGCCAGUAAACCCUGAGGCUCUGAGUAAAUGGGUUGGGACUUACAGCAGCAGCUUGGUCAAUGAUAUGGGCAAAGUAGCACCCAUGUUACGUAGGUUGGGGUAUGAACCCCUGAACAACCCUCCCAAGUACGAUCAGCCGGACCCCAGGAUUGCAAAUAACACGCUUCACGUCCAUCAAUACCAGAAGUAUUGGCAGGGUAAAGGGGUGUCAGAUUGAGAUUGGGAGGAGGUAAACGCCGAAACAACGAAUAUCAGGGAAAACAAGAAUUUACGGUUAAAAAGUGCAUGUGUCAGACAUCGGAAUGUAGUACGACAGCAUGCAUUGUAUGCCUGGCGUGCUCCAUAUCAUUGUGUUGCCGUUCUUUACAUACUGGUUUUAACUACGGAUUACUCUGUUUACCUGAUCAAGAUCUAGAUAGAGGUAUAGGGUUCACGGCGGGUGGUACUGGUCAACAGGGGGUCUUUACUCCUGGAUUGGGGUUUCAAGGAGUCCAUGUUUGGCCUGCUUUCAAUUUUGAAUUCUUUAUACAGGAUUUAUGACAAUGCUCACUGUUCGUGGUUCACUUUUCCAUGCAGUACCUAACACACCGUAAAUACAUACUUGCAUGUAUCUUCAUAGUUUGUAAGCACAUUUAGGGAUAGUAAUUGUUACCAUCCUGUGGGGAUCCGGGUUAGAACACCUUGUCAUAAAGGGACGGUCCUUUGGAUUAAACCGCAAAAAAAAAAAAAAAAAAAAAAAAAAAUCAAAAAAAAAAAAAAAAAUCAAAAUAAAUGAAUUAAAAAAAAACAGGCCCUGUGUCAUAGCAAUUGUGCCAGGAUAAAGAUCCCUCCCUGAUCAAAGGCCGUAAGUACUAAGUAUAGGCCUAAAUUUUGUAGCCCUUAACCGGCAAUGGUGACGUCUCCAUAUGAGUGACAAAACUGUAGAGGGACGCUAAAAGACCUUUAAGAAAUAUAUGGAAUCUCAAGAAGUUUGAUUAAAAAAUAGAAAACACAAAAAUUAAA